GGUUUACAGGUUCCCAAGUGACCCUAAAUCUCAAUCUUGCCUUUUUUACUUCUGAAACUUGCUAGUCUUCUACUUGACAAUGAUCAAUCCAGAGAGCGGUGAGCUCAAUUUGAGAGAUAAGUGCCUGUUUUUAUUUAGUUAUUCACCUUUUUUUCUCCUUUUUGGAGUGAGCAACUCUACCUGAUAGGAAUGAGGUGUAUGAAAUUCUUCCAUAGGAGUUCUCAAUAGACAAGAAGUGCAUUGUCAUCGAGCUAUUAGAAUCACGAUGGGCGUGAAUAUGUGGUGUGUUGUGGGCUUGUGGCAGUGCUGAUUUGCUUUAGGGAGUGCUACUCCUCCCAAAGAAGAGCCCCAGUUCAUGAAACGAAACUAUUUUUUAAUGUGAUUUUUCAAAGAAAAGUGAACAGAAAGUAAAAUAUCAGACUUAGUUAAGUCUUUGAAUAUCUGAAAAGCAAGACUCUGUAUUUUAUAUAUAUAAUUAGUCAUAUCUCAUUGUUUUCUUUUUCUAUGACAAAGCUAAAUACAAGUACUCAAGAAAAUAAUGUCAUUGUCUCACAUUAGCUUUGCAUUAAAUCUGUUGUGGUAAUUGUGAGAAGUAUUUCCGGUGGGUGUUAGGUGAGAGACGAAAUUGAACACCUUUUGGAUGAUAAUGAAGACAUGGCCCAAUUGUACUUAACUAGGAGGUUGAUUCAGAGUCAACAGUCUGAAGCAGCUAUGCUAUUGGGAACUGCUACUACCACUACAGCUUCAAAUGUCAUAACUCCCAUUGCUCCUAAUUUCAGAAGGCUAAGUUCCACCAGGAGUGGAAGUAUGGUUAGCAACUCCUUAAAUGAUGAUGUGGAAGAUCUUGAGAUGAUGUUGGAGGCUUACUUCAUGCAGUUGGAAGGCACCCGCAAUAAGAUAUUAUCCGUUCGUGAAUACAUAGAUGACACAGAGGACUACGUCAACAUCCAGCUAGACAAUCAGCGGAAUGAAUUGAUUCAGCUACAGCUGAUAUUGACCAUUGCAUCUUUUGCUAUUGCCGUGGAGACCCUUGUUGCGGGUUGGUUCGGCAUGAACAUCCCUUGUUCCCUGUACAAAAUCCAAGGGGUAUUUUGGCCAUUCGUUGGUGGUAUGACAGCAGCUUGUAUAAUUCUCUUCUUCGUUGUCUUAGGCUACGCCAGAUGGAAAAAGCUACUUGGCUCAUGAUUCAUUCCUUCACCUUCUACCCAAGAUUCUGUGGUUUUUUCAUGGGAAGUGUGUAUUUAUCCCCCCAUUAUUAUAUGAACAACUCUCAUGUUCCCUAUGUUGUUUUCUUUAAAUAAAAAUAGUUUCUGCAAAGUGAUUUCAUAUUUCUAUUGGACUUUGCACCCCACGAUUUACAUAAGCGUUCCACUUUGCACCCUAUUCUCCCAGUGUGUUCAAUAAAAUAAAACACAGGGU